AUGGGUGCCAAGGCAGCCAUGCUUUUAGCCAUGCUAUGGCUCUGGCCCCUAUCAGAAAUAGCCUACUCAUGGCUGCUGACCCUAAAUGACAUGCAGGUGGGCUCCAGCAACCUGGGCAAGGAAGACAGCAUCCUGAAGCACUACGCUGAAAUCCUACAACAGAUGGCCCUGAGAGUGCCCACCCAGGGUACCCGGGACAAGAAGGAAGCUGUGACGAGGAGAACGAAAUCUUCUAAGUCUAAGAAGACCAAACAUGAGGCGCCUUUGAUGAAACACCCAGCCUGGUUUAAGGGAAAUCUGGAGCCCGAGAGCUCCAUCCGGUGCCCCAGGGAGCAGGACAAAAAAGAGCAAGAGAGGACAAUCAGCAUAGCUACCACAGAGGCACCUGGCAACACGGAAGAGAAAACAGAGGAUAUAAACAAGGAUUUGGACAACUCAGAUAUGGAGAACUUGAAUUUGGAGGAUGAUGACAGUAGUGUUUUAGAGAUUGAUGAAUCUGAUAGUGAGGAAAACGCAUUUGAGGAUCCACCAGUAAAGAAAUCUGUGGCCUCAACUCUGGGGCUAGCUGUGAAAAUGGCUAUGGACCCUACCCAGUUGCAUCAUAAACCAUCUCUGGACUCAGCUUUGAAACUCAUUGAGGAAGCUUCCCAACAAGUGAAACCAGCUACCCCAGGGAGAAGGGUCAUCGUGGGACAAAUGGCUCUUGUGGCCCCAUUGGCCAUGGACUACCCAGGAACACAGGUGCACAAUUUAGGAACAGGGAUCUCCCAGCCAUCAGAGGAAGCCAAAGACCAGCAGAAUAAGGAGCAAGUCAUUGAAGAUCAAAUUCUGAAAAAAAUCUCAGACAUAAAUAAGGAGCUAAAACGUGCACUGAAAAAUGCAAAAAGCCACAUAGAAUUCAAAGAUGAUGUUGAAUCUGCCAAAAAGUAUGGAAUCCAAAGCUUUUCCUUAGUAGAGAGAGAAAACACAUCCAGCAGUGGGCAUAAACCUCAGAAGUUUACAAAAGAAAAGGAUAAUGAUGAAAGAAUUAGAUUAUUUAUUAACUUCUUAUAUGAUUUCAAGUCUCAGCUAACUGUAUUCUUAAAUAUGAAUAAUAUUCCAUUUGAUCUUCAAGGGAAAGCCGCUACUGUAUUCAAUACUAUCGAAGCGAUACUUUGUGGAAACCAACAAAAAAGGGAAAAUACCAUUAAAGAGUUGUUACAGGAUAAUAUAAGAAUGUUAAACAUGCUUAAUAUUACAGUGAACCCAUGA